UAGCACGAGUAGUUCCUGUGCCUCAGAUACACUCACACAGGGGGACAGGACAUAUGAAUGGCACCGUCCAGACUGCCCUGCUGCCCACUCAACUGACACAUCUACAGGUUUAACAAGCUUUUGGACAGAACCAGCUCUCUUGGAUUGUUUUUUUUUUUUUAUUCUUACAAAACUGGAGACAAGAAAAAAGCCAAAGAGCAAAAGAGGGGGAAAAAAACAUGGAGCCGCUCAGCAGAGAAAGUUGAUAGACUUUUGCCGGACAGCAGACGCCGCUCCUUCAGUUUCGGAAAGGAGUUGGGAUAAAAAGGGAUUUACAGUAACUGAAAGUAAAGAGGUGAAGAUAUCCUGUGUAUUUUAACACCUUGGCUUGGUGUUUCUUUCUUUUGUCGGUUUUUAUCUUAUGAUUGAACUUUUCUACUGUUGGACACAUGUAGAGGGGGAGCGUUUAACGGGCGUUUGAUUUGAACCAGAAACAACACUUUCCAGCAAGACGCAAAGGAAAGCAAAUGAAAAUGUUGGAGAUAUGCCUGAAAUUGGUGGGUUGUAAAUCUAAGAAAGGCCUCUCGUCCUCCUCCAGCUGUUACUUGGAAGAAGCUCUCCAGAGACCAGACUUUGAGAGUCAGGGUCUGACAGAAGCGGCUCGCUGGAACUCCAAAGAGAACCUGUUGGCUGGACCCAGUGAGAAUGACCCCAACCUGUUCGUCGCACUCUAUGAUUUUGUCGCAAGCGGUGACAACACACUCAGCAUUACUAAAGGAGAGAAGCUGCGUGUGCUGGGUUACAACCACAACGGCGAAUGGUGCGAGGCACAGACCAAGAAUGGCCAGGGUUGGGUGCCGUCCAACUACAUCACCCCUGUCAACAGCCUUGAGAAGCACAGCUGGUACCAUGGGCCCGUGUCACGCAACGCCGCAGAGUACCUGCUCAGCUCGGGCAUCAACGGAAGUUUUCUGGUCCGUGAGAGUGAGAGUAGCCCCGGCCAGAGGUCCAUCUCUCUGCGGUACGAAGGGAGAGUCUACCAUUACAGGAUUAACACUGCAUCUGACGGCAAGAAUCUCUUUCUCCUGCAGCUGUACGUCUCGUCUGAAAGCCGUUUCAACACACUGGCAGAACUGGUGCACCACCAUUCCACGGUGGCUGACGGCCUCAUCACCACGCUGCACUACCCGGCGCCCAAACGCAACAAGCCCACCAUCUACGGCGUUUCUCCCAACUAUGACAAGUGGGAGAUGGAGCGCACUGACAUUACCAUGAAGCACAAGCUGGGAGGGGGUCAGUACGGGGAGGUGUACGAGGGUGUUUGGAAGAAGUACAACCUCACUGUGGCUGUCAAGACACUCAAGGAGGAUACCAUGGAGGUGGAGGAGUUCCUUAAGGAAGCUGCUGUCAUGAAAGAGAUCAAACACCCCAACCUAGUACAACUCUUAGGUGUGUGCACACGGGAGCCACCGUUCUACAUAAUCACAGAGUUUAUGACCCACGGGAAUCUACUAGACUACCUGAGAGAGUGUAACAGAGAGGAGGUCAAUGCAGUGGUGCUGCUCCACAUGGCCACACAGAUCUCCUCUGCCAUGGAGUACCUGGAGAAAAAAAACUUUAUCCACAGGGACUUAGCUGCUCGAAACUGUCUGGUCGGGGAGAAUCACUUGGUGAAGGUUGCAGACUUCGGCCUGAGCAGGUUAAUGACUGGAGACACCUACACAGCUCAUGCUGGGGCUAAAUUCCCCAUAAAAUGGACUGCUCCAGAGAGUUUGGCCUACAACAAAUUUUCUAUUAAGUCUGAUGUCUGGGCAUUUGGCGUUCUGCUGUGGGAGAUCGCCACCUACGGGAUGUCCCCCUACCCCGGCAUUGACCUGUCCCAGGUGUACGAGCUGCUGGAGAAAGACUACCGCAUGGACCGGCCUGAAGGCUGCCCUGAGAAGGUCUAUGAGCUCAUGAGGGCCUGUUGGAGGUGGAACCCUUCAGAACGUCCAUCUUUUGCUGAAACACAUCAAGCUUUUGAGACCAUGUUCCAAGAGUCCAGCAUCUCUGACGAAGUGGAAAAGGAACUGGGAAAGAAAGGGAAAAAGGCGACUUUAGGCCCCAUCCAGCAGGCUCCAGAGCUGCCAACCAAAACCAGAACACUCCGCAAAAACAUGGACAACCGAGAUGGAGACAGUCCAGACCUUGUGGAUCUCGAAGUAGCGGUUUCGUCACCCAUGCUCCCCAGGAAAGAGCGCCCCGUCCUGGACAGUAACCUGAAUGAGGAUGACCGCCUGCUACCCAAAGACAAGGACAAGACACGAGGCAGUGGCUUUUUGAGUCUCAUUAAGAAAAAGAAGAAGAAUGCUCCUGCCCCGCCCAAACGCAGCUCCUCUUUCAGAGAGAUGGACAUCCAUCCCGACAGGAGGGGCAUGACUCCAGAUCCUCGAGACAGUGAGAGCUUCAACAAUGGUGCAGCCGUUAACGAUGUCACACAUGGCCUGGACUGUGCCAAGUUCCUGAGUAUUAACAAUAAUGGGGCAGGGGGAAUCCCCAAUGGAGCUCCCACCUACCCAGGACCCUUGUUUCCGAGGAAGAAGGGAGCUCCUGCAGUGCCUGGUCCUGGAGGAAAAGCAGCAACGACACCACCCAGUGAGGAGGAGUCUAUGUCUAACUCAAAGCGCUUCCUCUGGUCCUCCAGCAUGCCCACAGGCUCUGAUGGCACUGAAUGGAAGUCUGUUACUCUGCCGCGAGACCUCGGCCAGAGACACUUUGACUCAGGCACCUUUGGGGGCAAACCAGCUCUACCACGCAAGAGAACAAGCGAGCAAAAAGGGGAGAACGCACCUCGAACAGGCACCUUGACUCCACCGCCUCGUCUGAACACCUCAUCAGAUGUGUCCUCUGCUUUCUUAGGCAAAGACUCUGAUCCCAGCCCUGGUUCAAGUCCCCAGGCGUUGACACCUAAGGUUGUAAGAAGACCAGGGCUGCCCGGGCUGCCCGGGCUGGAGAACGCCAGGACAAGUGCUCUCCAUGCUGAGCUCCUCAAGCCCAAUGUGUUCCCUGCUUUAGGUGCAGCAGGGGAUGAGUGCCGGGCCCGCAGAAACAAGCACUCUGCGGACUCCUCAUCCAUCAGGGAAAGAGGGAAAAUUCAGAAACCCAAACCAGCUCCACCUCCACCACCCACUAAUGCCAAAACAGGCAAGAUUUCCCGCAGUCCCACUAUAGAUCCCCCUUCCCCUUCAUCCACCACCUCGGACUUCAAAACAAACCCCACAACCACUGCGAAUGACCAAGCCCGCUCCCCCCUCAGUGAGGGCUCCAAGAAGCUGCCCCUGGGCUGCUCUUCUAAACUUCAACCGUUAAAGACCUCCAACUCCUCUUCAUCAGUGACCACCUCCCUCUCCAGCCAGAGCCUCGGGGGCUUCUCUUCCUCCCUUACCUCCCCCAGCGAUCAGAGCUCACCCAACGCUUUCAUCCCCCUAGUGAACACCCGACGCUCCCUCCGCAAGACUGCACCCCGUCAAGGAUCGGAGCGCACCCCCAACUCAGCCGUGACGCGGGAGAUGGUGCUGGAAGGCACCGAGCUACUCCGAGCAGCAAUUUCUCGUAACUCGGAGCAGACGGGUAGCCACAGCGCCGUGCUGGAGGCCGGAAAGAACCUGUCCAAGUACUGCAUGAGCUACGUCGACUCCAUACAGCAGAUGAGGAACAAGUUUGCCUUCCGCGAGGCCAUCAACAAGCUUGAGACAAGCCUGCGUGAGCUGCAGAUCUGCCCCACCGCCACAGGGGGUGCCAAUGCACAGCAGGACUUCAGCAAGCUGCUGUCCUCUGUCAAAGAGAUCAGUGACAUUGUUCAGAGGUAGCGCCAUAAAAACUCAAACUACCAAGACAUUAAACUGACAUGAAUUGUGUCUCACACUACCCUUUUUUUUUCCUGAGCAUGCACAUGAAAUUGUGGUCCAUGCCGAGCUCAUGUUGGAGAUUUGAGGGUAAAACCGACAGUAGAGCAGCAGCUGAGUUUAUAUGACUGAACACUCUGAAACACUUAAGCCUGUGGUUAUUGUGGAUGGAAUCAAAGAAUUCUCUCUGUGGACGUUGAGACAGUUUGCAAUAUUGAAAAAAGCCUUAACCAUGAAUGAACGGUGUCUUUUAGCCUUAAUGAGAGGCUCUGGGCCAAUCCUUUUUCAACAUGACUUUUCACCAAUCAUUUUUGAAAAUGUCGUGUUUUUUGUACUCUAGUUUUCCCCUUUGUCCCCGUCACUAGUAAAAGAAAGCCCUGUUACUUUUGUUUCCAGUAUUGUUAUUAUUUGAGCUUUCAUUAAUGCCAAUGACAAUGAGCAUACACAAAACACUAAACCUCAUCUUGUUUUAGGAUGCCUUGAAAACACUUAAAUGACUCAUCUCUUUGAAAUUCUCCAUAAAAAAUUUGCAAUUCAGUGUUCAUAACCUGAUGCCUCUUUAGAACACGUCCCAACCUUUUCCAUUGCUUCUAUACCCAGUCAUCAUGUGAUGAAAACAGUGUUUGGUCUGUAUGAAUGCCUUUUUGCAGUAUUUGCAACCAUGUGCCAUAAAGUAAUAAUGGGAGCAAACAAAUGAGGCAGAAUGAGCCUUCACCUUUUUUGCUUCACUGUACAAUUUGGUAACAACUAGUGCCUUAAUGCUAUUGGCUGAAUUGUUCCAGAUGGUUAGGAAUAGUUGUUUGAUUGCCAUACCAAAAAACGGUCGUUUGGGACCAGGGUGCAAGGUCUGCAACUCAGUGGAUCUGACUGACUCUUCUUUUAUGUCGUCCUAAGUCUGGACUUUUUUUUUUAAAAUAGUUUUUCCUUCUACUUUUUCUACAUGCCAGUCACAAAAGCCAUCAGUAGCAGCCAGCCAGCCUACAGUAGCAGGCUGUUCUGUCUGUUAAGAGGGAUCACAGACAGAAGCAGCGUUUCCUCUACCACAGAACGGCCUUCUGGCCUGAGAGAAUUAACUCUGAUCAAGGGGUUUUGUCCUGUGGUUAAAAUGCUGUUUCUAAUGCAUUUCCACCCCAGAAAAAAAAUAAAUAUCCUGGGGGAAACACUGGACUGAAAUGUUUGUGGAUGUCACUUGCUGUCUUACAUAAAAAUGUAUAAAUGAGAAGCUGACCAUUUUAAACUAAAAACGCCCAUGAAAUUCCACUGUAACGUCAGAAGUUCUUUUAUGCUAGUCUAAAUCGACAUUUUCAGUGUUUGUGCUGUAGUCGUUUCACCCCAUGUGCCCCGUCUGACUGCGAUGCCUGAGGACACAAGUCAACCACAAGCUGGCUUGACUUCAGCACGGUACUGUCAGUGUUGGCUUUGUUUUUUAUAUAUAUAUAAAAAUCCUUCUCUUUUUACAACCAUACCACUACUCUACUUGUGUGUCUUAGCCUCCUCACCAAUUUUGUAAACAAACUAUGCCUUCUCUUGUAAAUACAAUUUUGUUUACCUAUUUGUUUCUCCCUCUAGCCUUGGUGCAAUUUUUUGUUGCAAUAAAAUACAAAGCAGUUCUGCUACUUGAAAUA